GAUCCAGUCGCGUUCACGUCGCUGAAACGAAAAAUCGAGGUAAAUUCAGUGAAAAAUCGCAUAAAAAGCAGGAAAAAUGGUGAUGGCGAAGAAGUCAGUGGUAGAGUUGCAGGAAUAUUUCAAGACUCACAACAAAAUUCGGGAGCAGAAGGCACAUUCGUCAAAGGUCCACUCCGUUGGAUGGAAUUGCGAUGGAAGACGCCUUGCUUCGGGAUCCUUUGAUAAGACAGUGACGAUUUUCAAUCUGGAAAAGGAUCGAUUGAACAAAGAAAGCACUUAUCGCGGUCAUGCCGGCUCCGUCGAUCAACUUUGUUGGCAUGCGACUCAACCAGAUUUACUUUCAACUGCUUCUGGCGACCGAACUGUUCGCAUUUGGGACAUUCGAGCGGAAAAAUGUUCUCACACAAUCCCCACAAAGGGCGAAAAUAUCAACAUUACUUGGUCCCCCGAUGGAAAUUGCAUCGCUGUGGGCAACAAAGAGGAUUUAGUGACGUUUAUUGAUACGCGAACCUGCAAAAUUCGUGCCGAGGAGCAAUUUAAUUUCGAAGUCAACGAAAUCGCUUGGAACAAUACGAGCGAUUUAUUCUUCCUCACAAACGGACAAGGUGCCAUUCAUAUCUUGAGUUAUCCGAAUCUCGAACUUCAGCACGUUUUGAGGGCUCAUCCUGGCACGUGUAUCUGCAUCGAAUUCGAUCCGACGGGAAAAUAUUUCGCAACCGGGAGUGCUGAUGCUUUGGUUUCGCUCUGGGAUGCCGAGGAACUUGCUUGUUUGCGAGUUUUUUCGCGACUUGAUUGGCCCGUGAGAACAAUCAGCUUCUCGCACGACGGAAAAUUACUCGCUUCUGCAAGUGAAGACUUGAUUAUUGACAUUGGACACACAGAAACGGGCGAAAAAAUCGCCGAUAUUCCAGUUGAUGCAGCAACUUUUACCGUGGCAUGGCAUCCGAAGCAGUAUUUACUCGCGUUUGCGUGCGACGAUAAAGACGGGAGUGACAGAAGACGCGAUGCGGGCAACUUAAAAGUAUGGGGAUGGACUGAUUCGUCAUAAAAUUCUUCUAUUUUUCACGAUUUUUGGUACAAAAUAAAAUUUCUUUGUUAAAAUCUA